UCCGGCUGGACGAAACGUUGACGUUUGUUGACGCUCGUUUUCUGUCACUCGUCUGACAAAACAAACGAUGGCAGCCGGUCCAAUCGCGGAAAGAAAUCAAGAUGCCACAAUUUACGUCGGCGGAUUGGACGAUAAGGUCUCGGAGACGCUUCUGUGGGAGAUGUUUGUCCAGGCCGGACCGGUGGUAAACGUCCACAUGCCCAAGGAUCGCGUAACGCAGAUGCACCAGGGUUACGGUUUCGUGGAGUUCCUAGGCGAGGAGGAUGCCGACUAUGCGAUCAAGAUUAUGAACAUGAUCAAGUUGUACGGGAAACCGAUUCGGGUGAAUAAGGCCUCGGCCCAUCAGAAGAAUCUGGACGUGGGUGCCAAUAUCUUCAUCGGGAACUUGGAUCCCGAAGUGGACGAGAAGUUGCUUUACGAUACGUUCUCGGCAUUUGGCGUGAUUCUGCAGACGCCGAAGAUUAUGAGAGAUCCGGAGACUGGAAAUUCCAAGGGAUUCGCGUUUAUCAAUUUUGCGAGUUUUGAAGCAUCAGACGCGGCCAUGGACGCCAUGAAUGGCCAGUAUUUGUGUAACCGGCCCAUCUCGGUUUCUUAUGCAUUCAAGAAAGAUUCCAAAGGUGAACGCCACGGUUCUGCGGCGGAACGUUUGCUUGCGGCACAGAAUCCUCUUUCGCAUGCCGAUAGGCCUCAUCAGCUGUUCGCGGAUGCCCCGGUUCCGCCUCCGAUCAUGCCGAUGAUGCCCUCGCACCCCUUGAUGCCACCUCCUCUCAUGGCGCCACCUCCCCCUCCAACACCGACUGCAGUUCCGCCACCCCCGCAAGCUCCUUCGGCACCUUCCUUCACACCGGGAGCGAUUCCUCCGCCUCCGUUACCUCCUCCAAUUGGGCAACCUCCGCUGCCGCCGAGUGCCGCUCCGAUGGGUAUCCCAGCGCCCCCACGGAUGAUUCCUCCACCCCCGUGGCAACAGCCGGCUCCUCCGCCCCCGACGCCUCCCUCAAUGCCCCCUGCUGCUGCUCCGAGACCUCCCCCACCCAACUGGAGGCCACCGCAGCCACCUCUUCCCCCACAGAUGCCACCGGCUGGAUUCCCUGGGCAGCCACGGCUUCCUCCACCCCCUCCGGUAACCAAUUUCAGUGCGGACACGUUCAAUUUCUAGGGAGCGCGGGAAGAGUGCGAUGGGCGGAGAGUUUGUGUUCUAGAAUCUUAGCUCAGACAAUUAAGUGGAAUAAAACUUAUAAUUAUAAUUGUAU